AUCGAACGACCACGCAUGUCCCUAGCUUCUUCCCACGCUGAGCGAUGGACGGACACGAUCUAGCUGCUGCAGAUCCUUGGUGGUACCCCGGCGACUACCCCGGCGCGGCGGCGCCCUUGGCAGCCGACGCCGUCGAGGACGACGAGUUCCUCGAUAUUGAAGGUCUACUCGGGUUGGCGUGGGAAGGAGGCGCGCUAGAGCCACCGCACGCGCCCCCUGCAGAGCCGCCACCUUCCGAGGACGUGAUGGCAGCGUGGCUCUACCCGAUUGUCAGUGGCGAGGACAAUGCCGGGGCCGGCCCGAUGGUGAAGAGCGAGCCGUCGGCGAUGACAAUGGGGAGUUUAGAGAUGACGGACAGCAAGGGGAAGCUUCCAGCUUCGGACGGCAUGUGCGAUGUCAAGGACACAAACGUAACGAGCGAUCCCAGCGAGAGGAGGAAGGCGGCAUCAGGAGGGUCGAACAGGACAAGGUCGUCUCGUCACUCAGAUACACACAACGUUACAGAAAAGAGGCGAAGGUGCAAGAUCAGUGACAGGCUGAGGACCCUGCAGCAGCUCGUCCCUGGAUGCGAAAAGAGUAACCAGGCGUCGACGCUGGAGCAGACGAUCCAGUACAUGAAGUCGCUGCAGAAGCAGGUCGAGGCAAUGAACGGGAGAACAACACAAGCAGUGUACCCCGUCAUGCAGACGGCAUCGGCGCCGGCCGUCGCGGUGCCACUGGGCACCGCACCCGCCUCGGCAGCUCCAUGGACGGUGGUCGCGGGAGGAUGCGUCCCGCUCCUGCCUGCAGGGAUGGCUCCGUUCGGAGCCAUGCUGCCGUACCCUCCUUACCACGCCGUGAUGCUGCCAGCACAAGCGGCGGCAGCGCCAUUUUACCUCCCACGGCCCGCAGCCUCUGCUACUCCAGAGGGGCAGAGCUUUGUCUCCACGGAGCAUUUCAGUAAGGAUAGAGGGAGGAGGAGGAGAUUGUGAGACAGAAUCAAGCGACUCGGAAGGAAUGGCUAGUCUAGCUCUAGUAACAAAACUAGUUUCAUCGGCUUGGGUUUUCUUGAUUAUUUUAUGGUUUUCUCUUUUUUUUCUUCUAAAUUUUCAGUGGAGCAAAGGCGCGAACUGCAGAUCAAGUCGAUUAGUAUUAGUGUGUAUGGAGAACUACUUACUACUCUCUCUGUAAAGUACUAUCUCUAUAGCAAAACAUAAGGGGAUGUAUAAUGGUGCCAUCUUAGGAGUGUCAUGUAGAAUAAAUACUGAGCUGGAGGAGAGAGAAUUCGUAAGAAAAAACUUGUCUUCUCUUAUUUAAGAGAUCAUCUCUUAGGACAAUAUGUCUCGCCAUAUUUUUAGGAAUAGCUAGUUAUUAUAGAUAAUGCUAAGAGAUAACUCAUUGUAGACAUGUUUUUAUUAUUACCCCUUCAAUUACAUGCAAGUCUUAAGACAA